GAGCUUCGCGCUUUGAAUGAAAGAGCCUGGGAUGGUGAACAAGACCUUUUUGACGUCAACAAGUCACUCGACUCUUCACUCAAAAAGAAUACGGCAUUUAUCAAGCGACUCCGGACCGCCGUCACCCCUGCAACGCUCGCUACUUUCCUGCAGGAGAUCCGAACUCUCAGUCUGCACAAAUACCUUUCCGAAAUCAUCUCAGCAUGCUUCGAGGGCCUCUGCCGACUCAAGACGCCCGGCGAGGUUGAGGCUGGCGUGGAGAUUGUCAGCGCCCUUCACCAGCGUUUUGGCCCCUCUGAAUUCACUGAGUACCUUGCAUGGCUGCUCGGAAAGGGCAUGGCCACACCAGACAAGAGCCUCCUCAAGACGCUGUCCACCGAAGCUCGAGAAAAGGAGGAGAAGGAGCGCAUAAGCCGCCAGCGAGCCCUUCUUCGUGUUGUGACGGAGCUCUGGCUCGUAGGUGUUGUCAGAACCCUAGAUGAUGCGACUAAACCGGACGAAGCGACAAAGGCUACUGCUGGGAAGACAACAGAGAUCAAGUCGCGGGCCGGUGCCAGGGCUGGCAGCACGGCCGAGCCUUUCCCUCUCGAGGUGCUGAAGGAUCUCCUCGGACACGAUCGCGAGCACGCCAACCUUCCUCUUCUUGUCAUAUUCGUCAAGGCUUUCAGCUGGGAUAUCCUCGGUGUGCACCCCCCUGGAUCCGAGGGCCGGAAGACCGUUGAGGAGGACGGAACAGCUGUUGGCAGUCAGGAUGCGGGAAAGAGCAACGGAACCGUCGACGCUGCCGACCCUACGAUUGACCAGCCAUUCACCCCACCCGAGCUCCGCGAUCGUUUCCGUACCAUCCUCAAGAAAUACUUUGAAGAUGUCAAGGCCCACGUCGUUCGCGACCAAAAGACAAUCCAAUCGCAGGCUCGACGCAACGCAGAAGCAUAUGUGAAGUCUGGCGAGGUCUUUGAAGACCGCCAAUCCAACUAUGAGAAGCAAGUCAAGAAUCAAGAACGUCUGGUGUCCAAUGCCCAGGUUGUCGCGGAUGCCAUCGGUGCUGAGAUGCCUGACUUACGAGACUCGGACGACUCCCUUGCUGCCAAUAGCAACUCGAUUGGCCUAGUCAAGACGGGCGAGUAUCUUCGUUCCAUGGGUGAAGGAGCUGGCAUAUGGGAAGACGAAGAUGAGCGCCGCUUCUACGAGAAUUUCGUCGACCUCAAAGGCAAGGUACCCGCUAUCCUCCUAGAGGACGCCAAGAAGAAGAAGCCCGAGACGGAGGAGCAGGUUGGCAAGAAGCCUGGGACUGUUGAGACGACGGAGGCUCCCAAACCUGCUGUUUCCAUUGCGGCAGAUGAUCCGUCUAUGGCCAUUGCCAACAAGACGAUUGGAGCCCAAGUUGAUGCCCUGAUUUCUCGUUUACCCGACCUCACCAACAAGGACAGCAUCGACGAGCUAGCCAUCGACUUCUGCUUUUUGAACUCAAAGGCCUCGAGGAACCGCCUUGUCAAAGCCCUGACAGAUGUUCCAAAGGGCCGCAGCGAUCUGCUCCCAAACUGGGCCCGACUGGUGGCUACGCUAGGUAGGUAUAUGCCCGAUGUGCCUAAGGGUCUGGUGGACUAUCUCGACGCCGAGUUUCGUAGUCUCCAGCGGCGUAAGGAGAAGGAUUUCCUAGGCCAGGUCCGCCUGAGCAACAUCCGCUACCUCGCCGAGCUGACCAAGUUCGGCAUCGUUCCCGAACACGUCGUCUUCCACUGCCUCAGGGUCAGUAUGGAUGACUUCUCCCGGAUGAAUAUUGAGAUUAUAUGCAACCUCAUUGAGAACUGCGGUCGCUACCUUCUGAGAAAUCCCGAAACGCGCCCGCGUAUGGCAGCUUUCCUCGAGACCCUCCAGAGGAAGAAGUCGGUCCACCAUCUCGGCCAGACAGAACGCAUGCUUAUUGAGAAUGCCGUCUACUACGUCGAUCCUCCGGAGAGAUUGGCCUUGGUGCAAAAGGAGAGAACCCCGAUGGAGAUGUUCAUCCGUAAACUGAUAUACGUGGAUAUGACAAAGCGGAACUACACCAAGAUUCUCAAGCAAAUUCGCCGACUUCACUGGGAAGAAGCUGAUGUCGUUGCCAUUCUGGAAAAGGUUUUUUCGAAGCCCGGCAAGAUGAAGUAUGGCAACAUUUACCUGCUUGGAAUCUUGCUGGGAAAUCUCUACCGAUACCACCCUGCCUUUGUGGUCAAGGUGAUUGACAACGUCGUCGAGUCUAUCAGUCUCAACCUCGAGCAAAAUGACUUUAGGACUUCUCAGCGCCGCGUGGCGGAGGUCAAGUACCUGAGCGAGCUGUACAACUAUAGGAUGAUCGAACACCCUGUCAUCUUUGACACCAUGUACAAGAUCUUAAUGUUUGGUCACGGAGGCAUACCUAUCCCAGGCCGCUUCAAUCCCUUCGACCCUCCGGACGACUUCUUCCGCAUCCGCUUGGUCGCGACUAUGCUGGAGACAUGCGGAGUCUUUUUCAACCGCGGCGCCGCCUCCAAAAAGCUCGAUUCUUUUCUAUCAUUCUUCCAGUACUACGUAUUUACCAAAGGCACACUGCCACUCGACACGGAAUUCAUUGUACAUGAUACCUUCACCCUCACGCGCCCACAGUGGAAUCUCGCGUCUAGUCUCGAGGAGGCUGCCAAGGCGCUCCAGCUCGCCAUGGCUCAGGACCAGAAAGAUGCAGGCCUCGACAAGGGGGCCGAACUCGACGACGCUAUUAGUGAUGCGUCCUCGGACGAUGAUAAUCCGGAUGUUGAUGAGAUGGAGGUUGAGGGUGACGGCGACGAAGAGGACACGGCAUCAGAAGAUGAAGAAGCCGACGAGGACGAAUACGCCGAGGCCGAGAGGGCGAGAGAGAGUGACUCGGACGAUGAGUCCAUUAUCGUUACCCGCCCGGAAGAGGCGGUCGACCCAGAAGACGAGGAGGAGUUUGAGCGAGAGUUUGCCAAGAUGAUGGCCGAGAGCCUCGAGUCGCGCAAGUUUGAGCGCAAGCAGCUGUUUGACGUGCCUCUUCCUGUCAGAGCUAAGACGCGCGAACCAUCAUCUUCGUCUACCGGAGGACCUGCCACGGCCGAGGCUAGUGGUGAGGCGCCGGCUACGACGUCGAAUGGCAAGACAAUGACAUUUUCUCUUCUCACCAAGAAAGGGAAUAGACAGCAGACCAAACAAAUCGACUUGCCAUCCGACUCUACGUUUGCCAUUGCCAUGAAGAGUCAGCAGCAGGCUGAAAAAGAGGAGCAGCAGAGGAUCAAGAACCUUGUUCUCAACUAUGAUCUCCAGCAGAGCGACGAUCAGGAAGUACAACAAGAAAGACCGACAACAUUCCAUCACAACCGCGUCGAGAAGCCAAAGGACCGCGGUCAGAGAGUGCGGCGCCUACAGCUGAGCGACGUUGACUGGUGA